GGGCUCGCUUUGUGCGCAUGCGUUUUUCCAGUUUUGAUUUAGAAAGACUAGUCUGUAUUAUCAGCUAUCACAUUUAUACAUAGAUAGUAAGUAGUAAAAAUCAUGGAUUUCCUAAUUCUAAUUUUAGCUGGCCUCGUGUGUUCCAUGGGAAGUAUUUCUGAUGGAGAACAGGUUCUUGGAUUAGUAGGAGGAAAUGUUACACUCAAGCCUUCAGUGGACCAGUCCAUCUCCUCCAUCACAUGGAAACGUGGCCAGGACAAAGCAGCAGAAUGGGACAAAAUGUUACAUAUUGAUUAUUAUACCAUAUGUAAGACCGAACCGAGGUGUCAGUUGAAUCACAGCACUGGGGAGCUUACAAUUAUGAAAUUGAAGCCGAAUGAAAAACUGAAUUUGUCUGCUGAAAUAAAUGGAAUGGCAGCUAAGUCAUUUUUCACAGUGAUUGCACUUGGACAUGUGUCCAAACCCAGUGUCGGGAUAAACUGCACAAAUAACCAGUGUGAUUUGGUCUGUGAGGGAAACGACAAAGAAUAUACCAGCUACUACUGGAUGGAGAAUAACAAGGCAAUUCAUAGCAAAAACCUCACUGUUUAUAAGAGUGACAAACUGGAUAAAACCUACAGAUGCGAAGCUAACAACAUUCUGAGUUCAGAGAAGAGUGACCUUAUCAGAGAAGCAGAUUUGUUUAAAGGUGGUGUCACCUAUGGUGGGAUCACUACAGCUAUAAUAUGUAUUUUGAUCAUUUUGGUAGCAGUUGCCGGUGCAGGUAUUUUAUACUACAAGAAACAAGCAUGUUUCAAGAAUAAACAAAAUGAUGAAAAAAACAAGCGUCAAAACCAUCAUAAUGGUGAAACUGGAGAAGGCAAAACUAUGAUCGAAAAGGAAGAUCGAUCCCCACAAGAUCCUGAGACUGGAAAGCAAAACUGUUCCUGAGAUGGAGGAGGGACCAUCGUUUGAGCCAGCCUGCUACAGGUGUUAUCUGAAGACGACAAGCUACAGACACUGUUACUCAAGACGAGAAAAUGAAUUGGAAAGAAUUAACCAUGAAGUGUGGUCAAAAGGAAGUUGCUAUAUAUUAUUCAUUAGUAAAUAUGGUUUGCUUAAUUUUUUUUAUGUACAUUAUUUGAGGAACAAGUCUUUUCCAGUUUCUUUCAAGCAGUCAAAUUGAAGUCCAGGACCUUUUCACUUAUAAUGCGUGUUGGAUGAUCAAUGAUUCAGUAAAUGCGUGUGUCUCUUUAGGCAUAGAUUUUAGGAAAUUCUCCAGUUUAACCUGUGCAUCACUUCAUAAAUCAAUCACAAGUUAAAUUAAAAAAAUUCUAUAAACAACACCAGGCACUUACUUUUUCUGCUAAGAUUUUAACAGUAUUUUCUUGUAAAGUUUGAUGUAUACUUCUGUGUCAAGUCUUUAGCGUGAGAAAUGCAAGUGGCCUACAUCAUUUUAUGCAUUUAUACUUGCAUGUUGGCGUGUUUGUGCUGCUCAGCAAUUUCAUCACCAAAAAACUAGGUGAUAUAUAGUUUUGGAUGUUGCAUUUAUUUUCUUGCCCUCUGUAAUAUAUUCAAUUGUUGAGUCACACAACUGAAACAGAAAUAAGAAAACAUUUUACAAAACAUCCAUUUAUUGAGUCAUGGUUAGGUGUGUGCUGCGCCAAACUUCCCAUAGACAAAUUUGGAAAAGUAUCAAGCCACAACAAAAUCACUUUUUAUGCUUUUUCCCUUCUAAAGUUAUAGAUAGUAGUUUUUACUUUGUUUUGCUUACUAACAUUAUACUUAUUUGUACUUAUUAGUAGUCAUCUUCAUGUAGCCAAGACUUUGGUGAUCAGAUUUUAUGUUUCUGCAAGUGUUCCAAACUGCAUUUUGCAAUGUCUAUACUUUUACGUCAAAUUACAUACUUAACCAAAAUAUGACACAUUUACUUGUAAGAUCCUCGUGUAUGCUACACCCCCCGAUUACCUACGUGUGCUUCCCUGAUCUUGCCCAGCUGUGUCCACUUAUUUUUGCCCAGUCUCGUCUAUUUCAGUCCAUGUCUUGCCUUAGACUAACAUCAAUGACGGACAAGGAACUAUGUCCGAUGUUUCCUGGUCCCCAUACCUUGAUUAAAUCCCCGUUUUUCCCCGUA